AUGUCCAGCCCGUCCAGCCCGUCCAGCCAGUGCCAGCCCGGCAUGUCCUGCUUCGGUACGGACAAGACCAAGGAACAAGACUCCACCACCACCAAAAGCAGUACCAAGAGCAACUCAACCACCAAUACCAACACCAAAAACAACACCAAGGCAGAUACCGCCAGCACUCCUGGUUGCCUGUCAGAGAAAAUGACAGCCCUGCAAAAUGCAUUCAGGGCCUUGUCCCCGCGGUCCAGUGCUGACCAUGGCGCGAGGACCAACGGGAACGGCGGCAUCAACGGCCACGCUCGCAGCAGCUCAUCCGGCUCCAGCAGGAGUCUGGGCAAGGCAAGCCGCCGCACAGAGGACAGGAAUGCCAGGAAGGAGACCAAGGCCCUGAGGCUGCAGGCCGAACGGGAGGAGAUAGAGGAGAGGAGGAAACUCGAGGACCAGCUUGCCAUGCAGGAAGAGGACGAGGAGACCCGCGCGAGGUACGGCUGGGCCAUGGACGCCAAGGAGCUUCUUACCAUCCGGGAGGUUACUGAACUCUCCGAGGGCAAAGAGGUCACCUUCCGCGCCCGCAUACACCACCAGCGCAACAUCUCCAAACACCUCGACUUCGUGCUGUUCCGCGACCAGACACACUCCAUCCAGGGCGUCCUGCAGCACGACACCUCCCACUUCGUCAAGUGGGUGCAGCGCCUCGAGCCAGAGUCGCUCGUCCAGGUUACAGGCACACUACAGGCCCCUCCUGAGCCGGUCCGCUCCGCCACCCACAAGGACCUCGAGGUCAAGAUCUACUCGAUCCACGUCGUCAAUGCUGCCCGCGACCUGCCCUUCGACAACUACGAGCCCCCAGAGACCACCCAGGCCCGCCUGAACAACCGCAUCCUGGACCUCAGGCACCCCAGCAACCAGGCUCUGUUCCGCAUCAGGGCCAUGGUCACCCGCAAGUUCCGCGACGUUCUCGACCGCGAUGGCUUCAUCGAGAUCCAGACCCCCAAACUGCAGCCCGCCGCCACAGAGAGCGGCGCCGAGGUCUUCAAGGUCAACUACUUCGGGCGCCGCGCCUUCCUGGCCCAGAGCCCCCAACUGGCCAAGCAGAUGACUGUCUCCGCCGACUUUGGCAAGGUGUAUGAGAUCGGUCCUGUCUUUCGAGCCGAGAAUUCAAACACCAAACGUCAUCUUGCCGAGUACACCGGACUUGACAUCGAGAUGGCCAUCCAAAAGGACUACCACGAGGUCAUUCGCGAGGUGGAUAGCUUCCUCAAGGAGGUGUUCCGCACUCUCCAGUCCAUGCCCGAGCUUGAAAUCGUCCGUCAGCGGUGGCCAUCCGAGGACCUAGUCUGGCUCGAGCAGACGCCUAUUAUUCCCUUCACCGAGGGGCUCCAGAUGCUGCGCGAUGACGGAAUCGACGUCGAAGAGGAAGAUUUGUCGACCAGGAACGAGAUCCGACUGGGCGAGCUGGUCAAGGAGAAGUACAAGACCGACUACUACGUCCUGGACAAGUUCCCAGCCAACGCGCGACCAUUUUACACGCACAAAGACGCCACUGACCCCAAGUGGACCAACUCCUUCGACAUGUUCAUCCGUGGCCAAGAGAUCUGCUCAGGUGGCCAGCGUAUCCACGACGCCACCAGGCUGCGCGAAAACAUGAGGCAGAUUGGCAUGUCAGAAGACGGCAUGGAGCACUACCUCGCCGCCUUCGACCUCGGCGCCCCACCACACGCUGGUGCUGGUCUCGGACUGGAGCGCAUCCUGGCCUGGACCCUGCAGCUCGUCGACGUGCGAUACGCAACUCUGUACCACCGCGACCCCAAGUCCAUGCCUGAACGAAACAUACGCCUUCCCCACCCCGACUGCGAUACAAAGCAUAUCAAGCCCGAGGGCGUAAACAAGUACCCACUGGAGAAGCUCAUCGCCAAUUACGGCGAUGCUACCAACACGUCGUGGCUGGAUGAUCGGUUCGAGAUCUGGAGGCAUGACACCACGGGCGCGGCCGUGGGGUACGUCCGGAAGGACAACAAAUUUGCCAUGAUAACCGGUGACCCACUGUGCGACCCGUCCCAGGUCAACGAGGUCGCCAAGGCGUUCGUCAAGUUCGUUGAGAAGGAUCUCAAGCUCACGCCCAUCUGGAUGUUGGUAUCAGAGUCCGUGCAGGAAGUCCUCGGCCGCACCCUGGGGUGGCGCACCCUCACCUGCGUCGAGGAGCAGCGUGUGGACGCUGACAAGCACGCCGCCGGCCCACAAGGUCGCGAGGCGCGCAAGGUCGAGCGCGAGGGCAUCAGCAUCGACGAGCUGCGGCCAGACGAAGACUUCAUCCACCGCGCGGACGCCGCCAUAGAGCAGUGGAUGGAGAAGCGCAAGGGCAAGAAGCAGGUACACCUGACCGAAAUCAGGCCAUGGGUCGACAUAGAUCACCGUCGGUACUUCGCGGCGCAAAAGGACGUCGAGGAGGACGGCAAAAAGGUUAAGAAGGUCAUGGCGAUGGUGGUCCUGGCUCAGCUGGCGCCCCGUCAUGGCUGGCAGGUCAAGUGGGCGCUCGACUUCCCCGGCACGCCACCGGGCGUCAUCGAGGCGACCAUCCAGACGGCGCUGGCCGCGCUACACGGGCCAGUAACAUUCGGCGCCGGCGUCAGCGAAAGGCUGAUCCCCGGGGCGCACCUGGGCGGUGUCCGCGCCAAAUUCCUGGCCAAGACGUACGACACCAUAAUCAAGAGCCUGAGGCUGAACAAGAAGAGCGAGUUCCGCGAGAAGUUCGGCGCGUACGGCGAGCCGGUCUAUGUCUGCUACCCUCGCAUGGGCCUCGGCGUGCGGGACUUCAAGCACAUCAUCCAAUUUUUCGAAGACUAA